AUGGGUUCCAGCAAGAUGGCCUCUUCCCCUAGGGACUUGGGCGACUCUCCGUUGUCCGCAAGUGAUUUCCGGACUUACAAUCGCAUGGAGGAGCAAAUGGAAGGAUUUCACAAUCAUUUCCGUUUAACAUGGAACCAGCUCUGGAAGGCAUGUGGAAGCUCUGGAAAACGAGGACUCUCGGCCCGCCAGGUGAUCAUGAUGGGCCUUCAAUUCUGCUCGCAGUUGGACUUCCAUCACUCAAUCGAGGAGCAGCACAUCUUCCCCGUGUUGGCGAAAAAGAUGCCUGAAUUUCGAAAGGAGCUCGAGCUAUUGAGUCAACACAGUCAAAUUCAUGCGGGGAUUGAAAAACUCGAAAACAAUCUUGACAAGUGUCGGUCCGGUGAGGAAGAUCUGCGCCGUGAAGAGGUCCAGCGGCUGAUGGAAGGGUUUGGCAAGGUUCUGUGGACAUAUUUGGACCAAGAGGUUCAACCUCUUGGAGCUGCCAACAUGCACAAAUUCUGGUCUCUUGCCGAGAUGUGUCGGCUUCCUAUGUGA